UUCACAAGGAUGGUGGGAAGCCUCAUCAUGCCACUGGUACACGACAUGUAUUUAGUGAUGAUGAAGCGGAUCGUUGGACCUCUACCAUUUGAUUCACAUCGAAGGGUCAAAAUUCAAAUGACUUUGGAGUGGCCGGCCCCAAGUCCCGAUUCGAUCUAAUGGUAUGGCUCGGUAAAGCCUCUGUUCCAACUGUGCACGAUCACAUGCGCAACACAACCCGGCUAAGCAAGCGGCUUUUCUUCGGUAACCCAUCGAGUGGGCGCCGCUUUGCUUCCCUUUUCCACUUUUUUCGCUAGCUGUUUCCCUUUUACCCCCUCGCGCCGGCUUUAAGCCCCGCCGGUCCUCCCAUCCAUGUCCACUCACUCACCAGCUCUCGGGGAGAGCCAAAGCAAACCAAAACCAGAGGGCAGAGCGAAGGGAGGCAGCCAGCAGCCAUGGCCAUCCCCAUCGCCAACAUCUCGGCCGUCGUCGCGGGUGCGAUCGAUGCGGCCAGGGCCGUGGCCACCGAGAUGCUCCCGGCGGCCGUCACGAGGGACGCCGCAGUCGAGGCGGCCAGAGCCUCGGCCGCGUGGCUCGUGGCCCACCUCUGGGCCUGGCUCGCCGCGGCGCGGGCCGCCGCCGCCGACAGCCUCCCGACCGGCGCCGCCGCGGCGGCGGCGGCGGCGGAGGCGGCGAGGACCGUCGCGGGCUCCGCGGCCGAAGCCUCGGGGCCGUGGGUCCACGCGGCGGCGCGGCUCCUGCGCGGCGCCUACGGCUGGCUGGCCGCCGCGGCCGUCGAGAAGCUCCCCAACGUCGCGGCCGAGAGGUUCGUGGGCGGCGCCGUGGAGUGGCUCGCGCGCGGCCGCGUCGCCGCGGCGUGCGCGGCGCUGGCGCUCCUGGCGGUGGCCUUCCUCGGCGGCGCCGCGUGCGCGCUCACCUGCCGGACCAUGAAGGGGCCCGGGCUCGGCGGCGCGCGCGUGCCCCGCGCCGUGUUCGAGGCCAGCCCCAAGCGCUACUACGCCGCCGUGCGGAGUGCGCGGAAGGCGCGGCGGGCCGCCGGCGGGGCUGGAGCCGGAUGCGGGAGGCUGCUUCAGGCCGGGCUUGUCGUCGCACUACUGGCCUACCUGGCUGGGAAGGUGCUCCACUGAUGUGUUUACGCUAGGUGGCCAGAUCUUAGAAGCACUAAUGCUACUACUAUCUGUUAGUAGGAGUAACUACUUAUCUCUAUGGAGCAUGCCUGCAAAUCAAACAUGCACAUGUUGUCCUUAGCAGGAUAAUAACGAACCUAUCAAUCAAAAAGAAUAAAUCUCAUCAGUCAGCUUCAGAGACA